AUGGAAGAUCUCUGUCGAAAGCAAAAAGAUGAGCUGAAGAUCACUCAUGAGGUUGCCACUUUGCCCAGAACUGGCUUUACGUUCAAAAUAGAAUACCUCAAGAUUGAGAAGGCUUUCAAGAAUCCAGAGUUCCGGAAGAUGUUUGGCGAAUACUGCCAGGAACUUCAGGACCCCAAAGUGCGCGAGCUCUAUGAGGCUGAGCUCACCGCUCUUGAGGCCGAGCGAGGAAACAAUAUUCGGUUUGUGAAACCAAUUCCUCAGCUUGUCUUGAAGACGCGAUUUACCCGAGAUCCCCCCGACUCCUUCGUGUUUGCUUUCGCAAAGGUGAACACGAAGGUAUUCAUCAACAUAUGUACCAGCACGGAAAUCCAGCCAGCGACCGAGCGGUCCGAUUCCAAGGGGCGGGGACAGAAUUGGUCCAUUCCGUAUUCAUUGGCCGCGCCCAAGGAAGAUUGUUGCCGAGACAACACAAGAUGCGUGGUUUUCGAUGCUGUUUUCCAUCCAGUCACGAUGGAAAUCGGUCAAAACAAUCCACGCUUUCAAAAAAUGCUCAUGGGCACGGCCGUCGAAGGCAUCCAGCGGCAGUUUGAUGUUUUGCUUGGCUCAGAGGCAACAUGGACAUUUCCCAAGAUGAAAUCCAAGGGUGUCCCGACACAGACUAUCAUUCGUGGGGCUGCGCCAAUCAGUGACCCAAUCAACGAAAAGGACACCUUCUUCCAUGAGCUUCAGAAUUCAUCCAAGCCUCUGCCAGCUCCUGCACUUUCUAAGCACCGAAGCGUCGUCCACAAUGAGAGACCGCCCAAUUCUGCUAGUACAUCGACCAGCGACGACUCUGCAACGGCUCAGGUCCUGGAUACUUUGGCAAGCCAGGGAAUUGAAACGCCUUCCUAUACGCUGGUGCAUCGUGGCGCCAUUGACUACUCUCACUUCACUUCGCAGAAAGUCCGUGAUCUACCCACACGACCAGAGUAUCUCGUCCUAAAAGUCGAACUCCCCAGAAUGGAAACAGUCCAAGAAGCUGAGCUCGAUGUGACAGCGAGGCAGGUUACCCUUAGUGUACCUUCGAAAUACCGUCUCAGUGUCGAUCUUUCGUUUGAAGUGGAUCAAGAUAAUGGCAGCGCCAAGUUCAUCAAGAAAACGCGCUGUCUAGAAUUAGUUCUGCCCGUGAUGAAGCCAGAGCACCCUCUGCAGGCAUCGACAUCAGCCAUGGAUCCGCACACUGAUCGGCCUCCAAGUCCCCAGCAUCAUUCCAUGACCGAGCUGAAUUCCAGCGCACAACCAGGACAUGAUGCCCGCUCCAAUUUUUCCGUUGGCACACCCGCAGAUCCGCCGACUUCCACUGUGAAGGACACAGGCUCUAUCGACGCAGAGAGAGAACCAAACGGCGCUAUUCAUUGUGAGAUCACGCAGGAUCGCCCAGAGGCUACCCCAGCAGCGGAUCAUGCCUGCUCAUCACCAAACCAAACAGUGCAAGAAUGUACUCGCGAAUGCCAGGCCUGCGCCAACCCGGACACCUGUGAGCCCGGCCAGAGGAUCUCUACGACGGACAAGCUGCUGACUAGAGAAUCGAUUGUUGCUGGGACUGAGACACCCAACAGUGACUGGGAUGUCCUCGAUUGCGAGACCAUCACUGCAUCCCAGCAAGAGAUGGCCGUCACUGGGUCCGCACGCCGCCCGGCCAACUUUCGUCUUGAACAAGAUCCGGAACGUUUCCGCUUGAUCGUCUCUCCGUUGUCGGUGAUUCAGGAAGCAGACGUGGUACAACGUGUCCGACUCCAUGAUUCAGAUCCAGCUCACUUGGGGCAUCGAGCAGAUUUUCGUCAAGUUUCCCGAUCAUGCCAUCCGAGAAGACUCGUUCGUCCUGAUCCUUGGCCCGAACCAAGUUAUAGCCAUCGCCAAAAAAGAGGCCCGCGGAAUGUGGGACCAUGUCAUUUUGGUGGAUGUGGAUGGCAUCAACAAAGUUUGCCCUUUCGACACCGAGACAACCACGGACAAGUCUCGAGAGACCGAGUCCAAGAAAUGUGCAUCAGACAAGGCCCAGGCUGGUCUCGAGGCUGACACCGAGCCUGAGGACGGCCCGGAAGAGCGUGCCCAACUGGAGCAAAAUCUCGCAAGUCUCGAGCUCCAAUGUCAGCUUCUCUAUGAUCUCGAUGACUAGGAGCACACUCUCCCGGUCUGAGGCGCGGCAUCACAUUGGAUCAAUCUUAUCGAUCCCAACAGGAAGAUGAGUUCCUCUCGGGGAGUGAGGGUUAUCCUGCAUGGACACCAAAACGUAUCAUUAUAUCACCAAACCGUAGAUUGCGCGGUGCUAGUUUGUUUGAAGGCCGGCAACCCUGCUCGCAAGCGCUGAGUGACAUCAGCGUCCGCAUCAAGCGGAGGCACACAGCCGAUUCUGUGAACGCUGGCGGCUGGCUCACCAAGGCACCUGCAUAUAUUUGUGCACAUUGUCCACCAGCACGGCCUUUCGCGAUCCUGGUCGAU